AUCACAGAAAUUCAGAGGAUAAAAAAGAACUUCCUCUGCAAUGUCGUACAGACGAGAACUAGAGAAAUACCGCGACCUGGAUGAAGAUGAGAUCCUCGGAGCCCUGACAGAGGAAGAGCUCAGGACCCUGGAAAACGAGCUGGAUGAGCUGGACCCUGAUAAUGCACUGCUGCCUGCAGGCCUGAGGCAGAAGGAUCAGACCACCAAGGCGCCCACGGGCCCCUUUAAAAGGGAGGAGCUCUUGGAUCACUUGGAAAAGCAAGCAAAGGAGUUUAAGGACCGAGAAGAUCUUGUCCCCUACACAGGGGAAAAGCGAGGAAAGGCCUGGGUGCCCAAACAGAAGCCAAUGGAUCCGGUGCUGGAAAGUGUGACCCUGGAGCCAGAGCUGGAGGAGGCCUUGGCAAAUGCCUCAGAUGCAGAACUCUGUGACAUUGCAGCUAUCCUGGGCAUGCACACGCUCAUGAGCAACCAGCAGUACUACCAGGCCUUGGGCAGCAGCUCCAUCGUGAACAAGGAGGGACUCAACAGUGUCAUCAAACCUACACAAUACAAGCCUGUGCCUGAUGAAGAACCGAAUUCAACAGAUGUAGAGGAAACACUGGAGCGGAUAAAGAACAAUGACCCGAAACUUGAAGAGGUCAACCUCAACAACAUCAGGAAUAUCCCCAUACCUACCCUCAAGGCAUAUGCAGAAGCCCUGAAGAACAACCCGUAUGUGAAGAAGUUCAGCAUUGUGGGGACACGGAGCAAUGACCCUGUGGCGUAUGCCCUUGCUGAGAUGCUCAAGGAGAACAAGGCAUUGAAGACGCUGAAUGUGGAGUCCAACUUCAUUUCUGGAGCUGGGAUCCUGCGCCUGGUGGAAGCUCUUCCACACAACACUUCUCUAGUGGAACUGAAAAUUGACAACCAGAGCCAGCCCCUGGGCAGCAAAGUGGAAAUGGAGAUCGUGAGCAUGUUGGAAAAAAACACAACGCUUCUCAAAUUCGGCUACCACUUCACCCAGCAGGGGCCCCGGCUGCGGGCAUCCAACGCAAUGAUGAACAACAACGACCUUGUGAGGAAGAGGAGGCUUGCAGACUUCACGGGGCCCAUCAUUCCCAAGUGCCGGAGUGGCGUCUAGUAUGUGGAGAACCUCAAGAUUAAAGGUUGCCAAAUUGAUUACUGGAUCAAGAACACAGUCUUGCCCUUCAAGAAAGACUGAAAGACUGAAGCCACAAAGCUCUGCCAGGAAUCAAGGAAUAUGAGAUUCCUUUUGCUGGAUAUGAGGAAAUGAUAGAGAAAGCCAAUGGUGAGAUUUCAAGUCUCAAAAACCAUCCCUUCUUUACCAAUGCCAGGCACAAACAUUUCCCUCAGUGUUCCUUAUGAACAUCUGGGAUUUAUUUACAAUUUAAUACUGGAGUCAGAAAGAAUUUUUUCCUUAUCAAAUGCCAACCUCACGAUGGGUCUGAAAACCUACAGCCAAACACCUGAAAACACCUUUCUGUAAUGCACAACAGGCCAAUGGCUUACAUGAGGUCAAACACUCGAGAAACUUCCAGUCUGCUGUGGUUAUGCUUUAUGGGCUUCAAGUACCUGUUGUACCAUGAAACAGACAAGUCACUGCUGAUCUCAUGCCUGUAAAUUAAGCCUCUGAAGGCCAAUGGUGAAGAAAAUCCCGAUAUUAAAGAACUAGGAAACCCUGGCCAAACCAUCCCAAGAUGAUUAUUCUGAAAAUGUAAUUUGGGUGUUUCUGCCAGGUCCCUUUUUAACAACACAUGCAUCUCUUGGGAUCCAGCAAAAACAUUAAGCCACAAUGCCCUUGUGCCUUUUAGUAUACCACAGUGCCAGUUAAACUAGUAUUUCUGGUUGCUUGAGGAGUUAUUUUCAUGAGUUAUUGAGCAACUCUUAUGAUACAGAACAGGCCAAAGAGCUGAUGAGCACAGACUAACAAGCUGCAGAGCACUGCGCAGAGGCUUCUGAUGAAAAGCCCGGCACACCGAACUGCAGUGAUGCGGACAGCACAGGGUGACCGAGGUGAAGCCAGGGCCACACCACUAUGGAGGGCUGUCUACUGAGGCUGCAGAUGGGCCCAGGUGUGGCGCCAGGCUGCAGGAAUGGUCAUUCCCACUCGGCUUCUCCUUGAAACACAAUUGCAGCUGUAUUCUGCAUCACUGGAAACUGCAAUAUAAUAUUAAAUCUGUUGGUCUGUGAA